GAGGGAGGGGGCCAGCCGCGCUCCCCGUCGGAUGCCGCCGCCGCCACCGCCAUGACCGCCGCCGCCGCAUGGCCGGUCUGCACCAUCUGCUACGAGGACCUGCGCCCGCUCUCCGACCAGCACCUUCACUGCCUCCCCGCCUGCGGCCACGUCUUCCACGCCCUCUGCCUGGAGCAAUGGCUGGAGUACUGCCCGGGCGGCAAGAAGAAGCGCACCUGCCCCGUCUGCAAGCAGCCCUGCGGCGCCGCGCACCCGCCGACCCGCCUCUACUUCCAGUCCACCGGCGCGUGCCCGACCCAGGCCGGCCCCGCCUCGGAGGAUUCCCCCGGGGGACCCGACCCGGAGGCGCUCGCCGCCGAGCUCGCCCGCCUGGAACAGAAGGCGGCGUCCCUCGGCAGGGUCGUCGAGGAGCAGCGCGACGGCAUCAAGAACCUCAACGCCGAGGUUGCCAGGUGGAUGGCGAAGGUGGCCACCGCGGAGGCGAUGCAGGAAGCCGCGAGGAAGGAGAAAGAGUGUGUCCAGAUGCUGCUCAAUGCGAGAACAGAGGAGUUAUCGAGGAAGACAUCGGAGUGUGGCAGAUUGCAGGAGAAGAGCCUUGCUUUAGCCAAAGAGCUUGCGGCACUGAAGCUGUCGUCGGACAUGAACCUUCAGGAGGAGGAGAUCCUUAAAUUGGCAUCACUUGGUAACCAUGGGAACCUAGAGAAUGCUGUUGAUGUGUUAAAGAGAUCGCUUGCUAUUCGGAACAAGAGCUACAAAGAAUUGAUGAUCCAAUGCAAUGUUCUUGGAAGAUCAGAGUCUCGCAUGCAGCAGAAGGUUGAGAAGGCCAAAGAGCUUGUAAAAAAGUUAAAGGCAAGGGUACAGGAACUUGAGAAGGAAUUAGAAGAAAAAGAAAAUGAUCUGUUAAGGGACUUGAGGUCUUCAAAGAAAUUGAAAGCAGACCAGACAAAAUCAGGGAAUAUCACAGCUAAUGAUGGUUUCCCUUGUCCAAGUGCUGGAUACAGAAAUCAAACAACAAAGCUUGAUCAAGAGAUGCAGGAUCCAUGCAGUGACAAGCCUGACUCAAACCGGUUAAAACCUGAAGCUAAGAGUGAUCUGAAUUCUAAUGGCAACCUGGACAGCAAGAAUUCAGAUGUGAUAGAACUAGAUGCCGAUGAUUCUGCUUUUGGAGAUGAACACAAGACACAAUUUUCUGCAAAACCAUUUGGGACUGAUGAUAGCACUUUGGAUUCCCACAACAAAUCUAGUCUUUGUCAAAAUGAUAACAGACAGUCCAUGACAUUUGAAUGCACAACCACGCAUGUAGCAAAAGAAUCAUCCUUCCUCAAACACAGAGAAGCAACCGGAAAAUCAACCUCUCUGGAGAACCUUAGGGCUAAACUUCAUAUUCCUCAGGAGAGUCUGUUUGAGAGAAGCACUAAAGUGACGACUUCAACAUGGGAGAAAGAAACACUAACAAUUGAUGGCAUCUCCAAACAAGCAACAAGGUUGACUUCUGGCACUGGACCUCAGCAGAUUCACAACUUUAAUUCUCUCUCUGAUGAUUUUCAAACACCUGGAAUCUCUGGUAUGGAUGGAGCAAGAAAAAGCAUUGGCAAAUGGUGCAAGAGCUCAACAGCUCCUGGAUAUGCAUCUGCAAACUUGAACAGAGGCAGUCUGAUUGCUGUGGGACCGGAUGGACGUGGAGGGAAGGUCAAAAUUCUGAGGGACCCUGGCCGAUUCCAAGAUAGCAAGUCUCAAGCACUGUGGCCAAAGGCGCAGAAGGUUGGAAGCAAAGGUGGCCAAUCUCAGAUAGAUCACUUCUUUGGCAAGCGAUUGCAGUUAGGCCCCCCUGACACUCUUCGUCUUCGGUCCCCUUUCUUGGAGGUGGCCGCAGCUCUCCGGCGGAAGGCGGCGGAGAUGGCUUCCGCGGCGGCGGCGGCGGCGCAGUGCUUCAGCUCCUACUCCUCCUCCCCGGCCGCGUGGGCUCUGCGGCAGCGCGGCGGCAGUGGCGCCCGGGUGCUUCAGCUCUCUCUCCGCCGGAGCUUCUGCGUCUCCGCGGCGGCCGGCGGAUUCGACAACCAGAACCGCGAGUAUGUGAUCGUCGGCGGAGGGAACGCCGCGGGGUACGCCGCCAGGACGUUCGUCGAGCACGGCAUGGCUGAUGGCCGCCUCUGCAUCGUCUCCAAGGAGCCAGUUCCACCAUAUGAGCGGCCAGCCUUGACCAAAGGCUAUCUGUUUCCUCCGGAGAAGAAGCCGGCACGCCUUCCGGGUUUUCACACAUGUGUUGGAUCUGGUGGACAGCGACAGACUGCUGAAUGGUACAAGGAGAAUGGUAUAGAGGUGUUGUAUGAGGAUCCAGUUGUAGCAUUUGAUGGCAAAACACAAACCUUAAAAACUUCAUCAGGAAAAAUUCUGAAGUACGGUUCACUUAUUAUUUCUACUGGCUGUGAAGCUUCAAGAUUACCUGAGAAAAUUGGAGGGAAAUUACCUGGAGUUCACUACAUACGUGAUGUUGCUGAUGCUGAUUCUCUAGUAUCCUCAUUGGGAAGUGCAAAAAAGGUUCUUAUCAUUGGCGGGGGCUAUAUUGGCAUGGAGGUAGCUGCAGCUGCUUGUGGCUGGAAUCUUGACACAACCAUUGUAUUCCCAGAGGACCAUGUUAUGCCAAGAUUAUUUACACCUUCCCUUGCUAAGAAGUAUGAGGAUCUGUAUCAGCAAAAUGGUGUCAAAUUCAUAAAGGGAGCUCUAAUCGACAAACUUGAAGCUGGCUCUGAUGGAAGGGUGUCAUCUGCUGUACUUAAGGAUGGAUCUGUAGUUGAAGCUGAUACAGUUAUUGUUGGUAUAGGAGCAAAACCAGUUGUGGGGCCCUUUGAAGCUGUUGGAGUCAACCCUAAAGUUGGUGGAAUAGAGGUUGAUUCCUUGUUCAGAACUAGUGUACCUGGCAUCUUUGCUAUUGGAGAUGUAGCAGCUUUUCCCCUGAAGAUGUACAAUAGAAUUGCUAGAGUGGAGCAUGUGGAUCAUGCUCGGAAAUCUGCACACCACUGUGUUGAAACGCUCCUAACAUCCCAGACAAAAGCGUAUGAUUACCUUCCAUAUUUCUACUCAAGAGUGUUUGAGUAUGAAGGAAGUUCCAGGAAAGUUUGGUGGCAGUUUUAUGGUGAUAAUGUUGGUGAAACAGUUGAAGUAGGGAACUUUGAUCCGAAGAUUGCUACUUUCUGGAUUGACUCUGAUAGUCGACUGAAGGGUGUUUUCCUUGAGAGUGGAACCUCAGAGGAAUUCUCGCUUCUUCCACAGCUCGCUAGAUCUCAGCCUAUUGUUGACAAAUCUAAGCUCCAGUCUGCAACUUCUGUCGAAGAUGCAUUAGAGAUUGCAAGAAGCUCUCUUCAGUCUGGGGCUUCAGUUUAGUUCUCGGCGUCUAGGAACCUCUUGACCUUGCAUAUUUUGAAUCGUCGAGACCACACGAACAAUAAUAAUUCCAUAGCAUUCGUGGGAACGGGAGUGUGAUAUUCUUAAUGUACCUGUGAUCUCCAUUUCAAUCUUGAAAUAAACUCGGUCACCUUUUGAGUGGUUGAUGAGGAUGAUAGAAUGGAACCUUUAUGCCACUUCUCUUUAA